AUGGGCGCGCACAACGCUUGGCCUGUGCGCGUUCCUGAAGCAACUUCGUCUCUUCUUGUUCUUCUACUUCUUCUUCUCUCGUCGUCGACUCCUUCGCUGUCCUACUCCGAUGCCGAAGCCCUCUUGAAGUUCAGAAGCUCUCUCAACGAUGUCGUUGGUCUCAGCAAUUGGGAUCCCGCCGUCAACCCUAAGCCGCCGUGCACCGGCAAUAUCCCCAACUGGGUCGGCGUUUUCUGCAUCAACAACUCUGUUUGGGGCUUCCGUCUCGAGAAUAUGGGCCUCAUGGGCAACAUUGACGUUGAAGCUCUGGCUUCCAUGCCCCGUUUAAGGUCUAUUAGCUUGAUGAAUAACACCUUCGCCGGACCUUUGCCUGAAAUCAAGCGGGUGAAGAAUUUGAAGUCGAUAUACUUAUCGUACAACCAUUUCUCCGGCGGCAUCCCCGACGACGCGUUUGUUGGUAUGAAUAUGUUAAAGAAAGUUUAUUUGGCUAAUAACGAGUUCACCGGCAAAAUCCCUUCCUCCCUCGGCGUCUUGCCUAACCUUCUCGCCGUCCGGCUUGACGGCAACAAGUUUCACGGCCGAAUCCCUAACUUUCAAAAUACCACUUUGAAGCUUAUCGACUUGUCUAACAAUAAUUUGGAUGGCCCCAUUCCAGAGAAUCUAUCCUCUUUCAGCGCCUUCGCCUUCACAGGGAACACACAUUUAUGCGGGCCUCCUCUGCGGAAUCGAUGCGCAUCAAUCCCUUACGCCACCAUGGAUUCUCCAUCAAAGAUAACGGUUCUGAGGAUUCUGCUCAUUUUAAUUCUCACAUUACUAAUAAUAGUGGUGAUCGGAUCGGCGAUAGUGAUAGCCCGCCUGAGAACACGCCGGAGAUACGGAGACGACUCGGUCUCGACGUUCCGAAGUCAACCUUCUGCGAAGCACGCUCCUCCGGCGUACACAAAAGCGAAAAGCAUAGGCGAUCAUUACGACAACACAAAGCUUCUUACUGAACAAAACCACAGUACUUAUCAGAAUACGCCAUCGAUAUCGAAGAAAGGAGAAGCUGGGAAGUUGAUAUUUGUGAGGAAACGGGAGAAGAAGUUUGAUUUGCAGGAUAUGUUGAAAGCGUCGGCGGAGAUUCUGGGGAGUGCGGCGUUUGGGUCUUCGUAUAAGGCGGUGAUGAAGGAUGAUCAAGCGGUGGUUGUGAAGAGGUAUAAGCAUAUGAACAAUGUGUCAAGAGAUGAGUUCUUUGAACACAUGGCAAGGCUUGGAGAUCUCUCUCAUCCAAAUCUGCUACCCCUCGUUGCUUAUUAUUACAGGAAAGAAGAGAAACUCUUGCUCUCGGACUUCGUUCCAAAGGGUUGCUUGGCCAGCCAACUUCAUGGUAAUCAUAAUGACGAGAAGCCAGGCUUAAACUGGUCAACUCGGUUGAAAAUUGUGAAAGGAGUAGCGAGGGGUUUAUCAUACCUAUACACUGCAUUACCGAGCCUAGUAGUGCCUCACGGUCAUAUGAAAUCUUCCAACAUUUUAUUAGACGAAUCAUACGAACCCUUGCUCACAGAUUACGGUCUGAUUCAUGUGAUCAAUCUGGAUCAUGCUCAACAGAUAAUGAUGCCAUACAAAUCGCCGGAGUACGCUCAACUUGGCCGGAUCACGAAGAAGACGGACGUCUGGAGCUUCGGCAUCGUGAUUCUGGAGAUCUUAACGGGCAAAUUCCCAGAGAACUAUCUGACUCACAGGCACGAAACUGUUUCAGACAUUGCAAGCUGGGUGAAUAGUAUGAUCACAGAGAAACGUACGGGUGAAGUGUUUGAUGUUGAAAUGGGAGGGAUUGAGAAUAGUAAGAGCGAAUUGCUUAAACUUUUGAAAAUUGGACUGAGUUGUUGUGAGGAGAAUGUGGAGAGGAGAUUGGAUAUGAAGGAAGCUCUGGACAAGAUUGAAGAGUUGAAGGAUGAAAGUGAUGGAGAUUUUUCUUUGAUUGUUACCGGCGAACGGGAUGCUUUUCAAGUUAUAUGA